AAGCCUUCCCUAACAGUUUUGGGGUUUUAGUGUCACGUAUACGCUGAGUCCAGAGAAUAACAAAUGCCCGAGAUUCACCGAGAUUUUACGAGGAUUUACACUUCCUACUACCAUUUCGUGUCUGAAGAACAUAAACAUUUCAAAAUGAAGUAGAUUUAGACUGUAUUGAGCAAAAUGAACGCAGAGAACCUAGAACCUUCCACUAGCACGUCCAAUCGUGUGGCACGUGUGACCAUGAUGGAAGGUGUAGGUGCCAGGGUUGUAAGGGGUCCUGACUGGAAAUGGGGAAAGCAAGACGGAGGAGAGGGGCAUGUCGGAACUGUCAGAAACUUUGAAUCACCGGAGGAAGUGGUAGUUGUAUGGGACAAUGGAACUGCAGCUAACUAUAGAUGUGCAGGGGCCUAUGAUUUGCGAAUAUUAGACAGUGCACCAACAGGAAUGAAGCAUGAUGGAUCAAUGUGUGAUUCCUGUAGACAACAACCAAUAUUUGGUAUCAGGUGGAAGUGUGCAGAAUGUCCUAACUUUGACCUUUGUUCAGUAUGUUACCAUGGUGAUAAGCACAAUUUGAGGCACAGAUUUUAUAGAAUAACAACACCAGGGGGUGACAGAUGUGCUAUAGAACCCAGGAGAAAAAGUAAAAAGAUAACAGCUAGAGGUAUAUUCCCUGGAGCUCGUGUUGUAAGAGGAGUUGAUUGGCAGUGGGAGGAUCAAGAUGGGGGAAAUGGUCGAAGAGGAAAAGUUACAGAAAUACAGGAUUGGAGUGCUGCAAGUCCUAGAAGUGCUGCAUAUGUAUUAUGGGACAACGCUGCUAAAAAUUUAUACAGAGGAGGUUUCGAGGGAAUGGCUGAUUUAAAGGUUGUAAACGAUGCUAAAGGAGGAUCUUUCUACAGAGACCAUUUACCACUCUUAGGAGAACAAGGUCCUGGUUCGAGAUCUGGUCCUGGUGGACUGGCUAUAGGUGAUCAAGUAAACGUGGAUUUAGAACUAGAGAUUGUACAAUCCUUACAACAUGGACAUGGAGGCUGGACUGAUGGAAUGUUUGAGUGUCUUGGAACAACAGGAACAGUUGUUGGUAUAGAUGAAGAUCAUGACAUUGUAGUGUCUUAUCCAAGUGGUAAUAGAUGGACAUUUAAUCCUGCAGUGUUAACUAAAGUAAAUAGUCCUAGCACUGCUUCUUCUGCCAAUACAGAUAAUGCCAACAUCACCCCUCCACCAACACCCUUCACAGUGGGAGAUCUAGUCCAGAUCUGUAGUGAUGCUGAGAAAAUCAAACUGUUACAGAGAGGACAUGGUGAAUGGGCAGAAGCCAUGAUUCCUACAUUGGGUAAGAUCGGACGAGUCCAGCAGAUUUAUCAUGAUAAUGAUUUAAAAGUAGAAGUGUGUGGUACAUCAUGGACAUACAAUCCCUCAGCUGUUACAAAAGUGGCCUCAUCUGAUGGGGCAGCAGUAGGAAACUCAUCUGGGGAACGUUUAAGUGCACUACUGAAGAAACUGUUUGAAACACAUGUGACAGGUGACAUUAACGAGGAGUUGGUGAAGGCUGCUGCUAAUGGUGAUGCAUCAAAAGUGGAUGAGAUACUGUCUAGAUCUGAUGCUGAUGUUGGUAUCUCAAAUGCCAAUGGAAUGUUUGCUGGACAUACAGCAUUACAAGCAGCCUCACAGAAUGGUCAUUCAGAUGUGAUUAAAGUCUUGAUGAAGUAUGAAGUCAACUUUGAAAUUGAGGACAAAGAUGGUGACAGAGCAAUACAUCAUGCUGCUUUUGGUGAUGAACCCAGUGUUGUAGAACAGCUUCAACGUGGUGGUGCAGAUCUAAACGCCAGGAACAAACGUAGGCAGACACCCUUACAUAUAGGUGUCAACAAAGGCCAUAUUGGUGUAGUUAGAAUUCUACUAGAACUAGGUUGUCAUCCUAGCUUACAGGACUCAGAAGGUGAUACACCACUCCAUGAUGCCAUCAGUAAAAAGAGAGAUGACAUGAUCCAGUUGUUGUUAGAACAUCAUGCUGAUCUUACAGUUACAAAUAACAAUGGGUUUAAUGCUCUACAUCAUGCUGCACUCAGGGGGAAUCCCAGUGCUAUGAGAAUACUCCUGACAAAGAUACCUAGACACUGGAUUGUUGAUGAGAAGAAGGACGAUGGAUACACAGCUUUACAUCUAGCCGCUCUAAACAACCAUGUGGAAGUCGCUGAACUUCUUGUCCAUCAGUCAAGGGGCAGCAACUCUAACAUACCAAAUGAAGAAUCAAAGGGUAAAGCCAACAUGGAUAUACAGAAUGUGAAUCUACAAACAGCUUUACAUUUGGCUGUAGAAAGACAACACACACAGAUCGUAAGGUUAUUGGUAAGAGAAUCUUGUAAUCUGAAUAUCCCAGAUAAAGAUGGUGACACACCCCUUCAUGAAGCUCUAAGACACCAUACACUGUCACAACUACGACAACUUCAAGAUAUGCAGGAUGUUGGCAAGUUAUUGAUGGGAUUAGGAACUCCAGGCGCUGACAAGAAAUCUAGUGCUUCUAUUGCCUGCUUCCUAGCUGCUAAUGGUGCUGAUUUAAAUAUAAAGAACAAAAAAGGUCAAACUCCUCUUGACCUUUGUCCUGACCCCAAUCUUUGUAAGGCUUUAGCCAAGUGUCACAAAGAGAGACAUAGUCCAACCAGUGGUCCACAGAAUACUGUGAUUAUUCGUAAUGACCAAGAGUCCUUACAGGAAUGUAUGGUGUGUUCAGAUCUGAAGAGAGAUACAUUAUUUGGACCAUGUGGUCAUGUGGCUACUUGUUCCCUGUGUUCUCCUCGUGUUAAGAAAUGUUUGAUGUGUAAGGAACCAGUAACAUCUAGACAUAAGAUAGAAGAAUGUGUUGUGUGCUCAGACAAGAAGGCAUCAGUAUUGUUUAUGCCAUGUGCACAUAUGUGUGCUUGUGACGGAUGUGCUGCAUUGAUGAAGAAAUGUGUGCAGUGUCGAUCUUCUAUAGAUAAACUGGUACCAUUUAUUGUAUGCUGUGGAGGAAAUCCACCUCCAGCCCCUCAGCCCCCAGGUAUAAUGAACAAUGGUUCUAGAGAUACCACCAAAGAUGUACAGAAAUUACAACAGCAAUUACAAGAUAUUAAGGAUCAGACUAGUUGUCCUGUGUGUAUGGAUCGCUUAAAGAACAUGAUAUUUCUAUGUGGUCACGGUACUUGCCAGAUGUGUGGAGACAGAAUGACAGAGUGUCCAAUUUGUCGUAAAUCGGUUGAAAAAAGAAUUUUACUCUAUUAAAACCUUUGUUAAUUUUUUUUAUGUUAUAGUCUUUGGCUGUGAAGAUGAUUUAUUUUUAGAUAUUGUAUUUUGAAUUCUAUGUAUGUAUAUCCUACAUUUUCUUUUAUUAGUAUAUGAACAGUGUGAGGGCUUAAUUAUUCUUCAGAAGUGAUGUCCCGUAAAUCAUUGUACUAUAUACACUAAAAUCUAGAUUUAUAUUUCAGAGCCAAUCUUCAAAAUAAAAUUUCAUGUGAUAUGAAAAAAAUAAAAAGCACACAUGCAUCACAUGUCAAUCAUGUGACCAUAUAUUUCACAGUGUAAAGAAGAGGAGAUUGAUGUCUUUUUGGUAGUCUACAUUUAAACAAGCUGUAGCUCAAUCUUGUAGAAUUUUAAAGAGUUCUGUUUUGUUUGAAUCAAUUUUCACCCCUUUAAAAACAAGGAGGAUAUUUAAGAGAAAUAAUAUUAUGUCUUAAUUCUUCUUUACAUCACUUAGUUACAAUAGCUUAUUAUUUCAUAGCAAUAAAAAUGUGGUCAUUGUAGAGAGUAUGUUAUUUGAAAAAAAAGAAUUUACAAGUGAUCCUUUGUAAGAAUUUUUAAUGAGGAAAUGAUUAGGAUUGUCAUGCUGGAAUUUUCCAAUCUUAUCCAACACACCUUUCAAUUUUUAUUUUUUUGUCAGUGUGAACUCUUAUCAAACACACCUUAUUCAAUUUUUCACUGUUUCUUUUUGAUAUAUGAAUAAACUACAAUAGGACUUCAAUUAUUUUAGAUUGAAUUAAACUAGUCACAGCAUUGAUUAGUUUUAUGCCUCAGCCUCCAUUUGAUUGAGGCAUUUAGUUUUACCUUCUGUUCUUCUAAAAUUAAUUAAAUAGUAGUCCAGAUACACUUUCUGUCAUGGCAUUUCCUACAGAUAUUUAUUUGUAUAUUGAAAGAUUGUUCUCUGAAAGUUGUCCUGUGCGUGUGGAGCAGACAUAUAUACUUAAGAUUAUAUUCUAUAUUUCACGAGCAUGAAGAAGGUUACCAGAUGCAGAUGAUACUUUCUAUCAGAUACAGUUGAAGCAUUGGAUCAAUAGAUCCAAAUCUGGCUGAUGAGCAGGGCUUUAAAUGCUUUUUCCUAUCAACUUAGAAAUUUUGAAAUUGGUCCAUCUUUUUUUGACAUCAUUAUUCCUGCAUUGUAUAGUUAAUUGACAUUUAUAUAAUAAAAACAGUUUUAUAGAUUCUUAAGGUUUUUUUUAGUUGUCUUAAUUACAGAUACAUGUAUAUAUGUAACUUAAUACAUCUGUAUAAAAGCAUAGGAAACCUAUUUUGUAUAUACUUUAUACCACCUAAGAUUAUAUUUCAUUAUUUUCCAAUUUUUUUUUUCAUAUUUUUUUUAUGACAAUAAAUAUAUGCUUUUUUUAAUUUAUAAUCAGACCUUUUCUUAUUCUAUUUCAUUUUGUUUCAUAAAACUAUUUAACAUGUUUUACAGAUGCUUAUUCUUAAGACAAAAGUGAAAUCUUCUUAAAAAUAAUUUGUUUUGAAUUGUAAAUAGUUGUGCACAUAUUGUAUAUGUUAUUUAACUCAUUAGAACCUGUAUAGUUUGUAUCAUAUGUGUUUGUAUAUAUCUUUACAAAGAAAAUCAAAACAUACUUGGUACCAUUUCAGAAUUAGAUGUAUGAGGUGAUAGGAUUCAAGUUUUCAAACUCAAGCCAAUUAAUGAUUCUUAACAUUUUUUUUUCUCAAUAAUUACAGACUUCCUCUGAAUUUUAAUAAAUGUACUACCUUCUCACAAAAAAAGAAAUACUUAGAACAUCAAACUAUAAAACAGCCCUUAACAGUACUUGAAAUAUCAAGCCACAUAUAUCCAAACUAAGAUACUGCAUCAAUCAUUGAUUCUUUAUCGUGGAUUCUUUUAAUUAUGAGAAGUGAUUUGCCUAAUAAUCUUCCCCUGUAGUUAGAUUUAUGAUUCAUUUGUUCAGAUAAAUUUAUUCACUUAUAUCUGUAUCAAUAUAUGAUUAAAAUGUCAAGAUAUGUCUCAUUCAGUUAAGAGAUUAUCCCAAUCUUAUGAUUGAAUAAUAAAAUCUAUUAUUUUGAGUAAAAACAACAAAGUUUUUUCUGUGUCUCCUUGAUAAUUCCUCCUAUAUAUUAACAAACCUGUAAACCACAAUAGAAAUAACAUAGUCUAUUUUGAGAUAUAAAUAAUGAAACAAAAAUGUAAAGUGAAAUUGUUUUGAAUAAAUUUGACUCGUGAUUCCAUCUCGAGAAUUUUAAACAAUUUCUGUUGGAAAAUGAUGGUAUUUCUAAAGUUUUUUAAAAUAAAUAAAAGUGACCAUAAAAUUUGAAGUACAAAUAGAUUUUCAGUAGUAUUAUAGUGUAGAUUUGAGUUCCUAGACUAAAGAUUGCCAAGUUCCUUUUAGAGAAAAAGAUGUUGAAAAAGUCUGACAUUACUUUUGUAAGUUACCUUUAUAAUCAUCCUAUAGUAUAUGUUGGUAUGGAUGUUCUAAAUAUAAUUUAAACAAAAACAGUUGAUGAUGAAAUUUCUCAGAUAAAAAAAAAAUCAUUUUCACAAUUUUUUUCUUCAUUUUUUUUUAUUUGAUGUCAUUACCAAGCAUCAAUUGUUAUCCAUUCCUUCCCCUUAUUUAUUAUAUGAUUUUUUUUAAUAUAUAAUAAACAGCAGCUUCAGAAUGAUGUGGCUUAAAAUUGCAAAUAUUAUUGUGCAUUGCUAAGUGCAGAACAAUUCUGGUAUCAUUGAAAGUAACAAUGAGAUAAAGUAAUGUUCAUAAAAACACUUAUUUAACUGUGAUGAUUGAUUUAUACUUUUUGUAAUAUUUCAUUUUGCCCUAUUAUGCUUUUCUUGCAUUUUUCGCCAUCAAGAUUUGCUUAUUUUGAUAUGGGGCGUCAGUGGUAGCAUAAAUUUUGUAUUUCUACAUGUAUAGAUUGUAAAUGUACAGUGAUAAAUAGUACAAAAUGUAUGUAAAUAUACUAACAUCUAGUCCUGCA